AUGGCACUCUGGAGCCAGCAUACGAGGAUCGUCGAUAUUGGAAGGACCAUGGAGCGGACGUGCAUCACGGAGGGAAGCACAUUUCGAGAAGGUCGCAAAGGCACCCGAGGCCCAGAUCCUGGAGAGCCGGCGUUGAACGCCGCCAUGAUUCGAGAAGACGGUCGAGCAUAUCAAGCACGGCAUCGAAGCUUCGACGGACCCCAAUCUGGCGAGGAAAGGCUGUCGAGAGGCACGAUUGGCCUGCAAGUCAUCACGGCAGGCUGUGGAAGGAGUCGAUACUGUCUUAGCUUAGCGCCUUGGAGAUUGAGAGCGAGGUUUGUGAAACAUGAAGACACUCUCUGGAGCAUGGGAGACGGCCAGUUUGAGCAGAAGCAAAUCCUGUUCCUGGUGCAGAGCUUGUGGUGA